CAUUCAAAUUACUAUAAUCUUUAUACCAAAAUACCUACUUUUACUACAAUUGUUGCUGAUACACUUAAUUUUGACUACUUCUUCACAAACUAUCUAAAUAGUUAUGAAGUAGCUUUUGAUAAAAAACAUUCUAACAAUACUCGUGCAAUCUCUACAAGUCUUAGGCCUAUAGAUU